AUGGGUACCAAAAAGCACCGAAGAUCGCGAAGACAUGAUCUGAAUGAAGACCGUUUGGCAAAGUUGAAUGCAGAGAACGCAAGUCUAGAUCUGGCCAAACGAGCUAAUCAUCGAAUGGGAAAGAGCAUGAGAGACAAGCUCAAGAAAGAAAAAGCUCUACUUAUCGAACAGAUAAAGACACAACAGAGCCAUAUCACAGGCUCAAGCCUUGAGGGUUCGAAAAUGGCAAGUGAGCCAUCUAUAUACGUCGAUAUGCUCGGUGAGCGUAGGCGUUUCAAGGCUGGCACAAGGGGUGGUCAAGCAUGGCAACAAGAAAUGUCAAAGCACCGCAAGCUACGCGACGUCGAGAUGGAGAAGUUGAUUGCUCAGGGCAUCAACCCCAAUCCUUUCAAUUUGAAACCUGUUCAACACGAACCCCUUCCAGAUAUUCCCGAGGCUGAAUUCCGAGACACCAACGAUCAAACGAUGUUCGCUGAGGUAAGUCCCAAAGACCAUUGA